AAAAAUGACAAAUAAAAAAUGCACAAAAACAGAGUGACAAGAGAAGAGAAGAGAAGAGGAUCCAUCCGAUUAUGUCGAUCCUGUGGGAGAAGAGCGGGACGUGGAGGUGGAUAGUGAGGCAGACGAAAGAGUCGAAGCCCUUCUUCAUAGCAUUCGCCACCAUAUGUGGAGUGGUACCUGGUGUCAUUGGCUACGGAGUUAUGCAGAUCACCAACUCCCGCAACCAACAACUCGAAUCCCACCUCCGCCACAACGCUCCACCCGAUUCCCUAAUGAUGGGGAAAGUAAACAAAGACCGUCUGGCAGAAUACCUUGGUGAACUGCAGAGGAAAGAGGAUACAAACGACCGAUAUGUUGCUGCUUUAAGGGGGGAGACAUUAACCAGGAAGCCGUAUGUGAGGAUUCAACCUGUGCCAAAGGAAAGCAACUCCGAGAUUAACAAACAACAGCAGAAGUAGAUGGGUUGGUCAACUGAUGGUGUGCGGAGUCCUAAUUUUGAAAUGGUCUGGGUCACAAUUUACACCAUUUUUCUUCUUUGCUGGUAUCCUAGACACAUCUAGGUGACAUUUAAUAUUAGUAUAUGCUUUACAAUUGUAAUCUUGUUCGAAAUGAUUAGAUCUACUGAUUUGGUUUUGAAACUUCAAGAUUUAAGCUUGAUCUUGGGAUCCAAGUUGUGGUUCUCUCCGGUGUCUUGGCUUGAUCAACAGAUUUGGCUGGUUUCUGGUCUUUUCUUUUUCUUGUUUUUUGUCUGUGAUGACUUUGUGUUGUCUACUGUGGGGUUUUCACCAAUAACUUGUUUAUUAUGACUUUUUUGAUUUGGUGAAAGUAAAUCUUGGGCGGUUGUCCUUUAGUUGCA